AGUAGCUAACAGCAGGGACACGGGCAGGACAGCGAUGGGCCACAGCCGAUAUUUAUCAAACAAAUCAAACUAACGCCCGGACUAAGCCGCUAGAGAUGGAUAAACGAUAGUUACGGUGUUUAAACCUGCUUUACGGUGUAUCUGUUUGUAGGUUUUAAGUGUAAAGUGGUAGAGUUACGCUAACUUAGCAGAAUUGUUCUUCUAGGGGAGGAAGUUUGCUGCGGCGGAGGAAACAAUAUAGGAAACCGGGGAGGGCCGAGCUGUCCCGACAUGGAGGAUUCCGGGUCGGCCCUGGAGAAAAAUGUCGCCGACCUCACGGUCAUGGACGUGUACGACAUCGCAGCGGUGGUGGGCCAGGAGUUUGAGCGGAUAAUAGACCAGUACGGCUGCGAGGCUCUGUCCAGGCUCAUGCCCAAAGUGGUGCGGGUGUUGGAGAUCCUGGAGGUAAUGGUGAGCCGCAACUGCAUCAGCCCGGAGACCGAGGAGCUGCGGCUGGAGCUGGACAAGCUGCGGCUGGAGAGGAUGGACCGGCAGGAGAAGGAGAAGAAGCACCGAAAGGAGCUGGAGCUGGUGGAGGACGUGUGGAGAGGAGAAGCUCAGGACCUGCUCUCUCAGAUCGCUCAGCUGCAGGAGGAGAACAAGUCCCUCCUCACCAACAUGUCCAACAAAGACCCCAUGAGUGAGGAGGACCUGCAGAGGCAUGAGGGUAUGACGGAGAGGGAGAGGCAGGUGAUGAAGAAACUCAAGGAAGUGGUGGACAAGCAGAGAGACGAGAUCCGAGCCAAGGACCGAGAGCUCACACUGAAGAAUGAGGACAUAGAAGCACUCCAGCAGCAGCAGUCUCGCCUCAUAAAAAUCAACCACGACCUGCGCCAUAAAAUCUCUGUGGUGGAGGCUCAGGGGAAGGCCCUGAUAGAGCAGAAGGUGGAGCUGGAGGCCGGGGCUCAGGCGCGUGGACAGGAAGUUGGAGCCCUUCGACAGGAAGUUACACGAUUAAGGGAAAGACUUCAAGGAGAACUGCCGGCUCAGAAUCCAGAGGAAACACCUCCUCAACCCCUGUCACCUGCAGAGCGUGGUGGAGCUGCCACAGUGGUGGGGGGGGCAGAGGGCUGGUCAGACAGAGCUGCCCCCUCUGAGCUGAUGUUGGGGGGCUUUGACUCUCCCCUGUAUGGCUCCCUCAGCCCAGAGAGACACGAGGAAGGGGAUGAGGAGGACGAGGCAGUGUUGCUUUGGGAGGCGAUGUGCGAUGAGGACAUGCCUGCUGUGUUCCAAUAUUUUACAAAGGAGGCGCUAUGUGAGGAUGAGACGGGGGGUCUGGACCCAAAGGACCCCAACCGGCCUCGGUUCACCCUGCAGGAGCUGAGGGACGUCCUCCACGAGAGGAACGAGCUCAAGGCCAAAGUGUUCCUGCUGCAGGAGGAGCUGGCCUACUACAAGAGUGAGGAGACAGAAGAUGACAUGGUUACUCCUUCUCCGUCUCCUUCUCCUGAACUGAGGAGUCGCUCCCGGUCUUCAGCCCAGCCAGAGUCAGGAAUCAAACGCCUGUUUAGCUUCUUCUCCCGGGACAAGCAGCGUCAGCUGCAGCGCAGCGGGCAGUUUGACGGCAGCUUCAGCUCGUGGACGGGGAAGGAGGACGUGUACACAGAACAAGCCCAGGAGGCGUUACCGCAGCUGUAAAGACGGGACUGGACAAACCCCAAAACUCUUUACACUCCAUGUCCAUCCCCCGAGGCUUUGAAGCGUCGAUUGCACCAAAACCACGAUCAGUGACCCACACUGUGACAAUACCCUGAGAGGUGAGACACAAAGAAGACUCAACUUGACUUAUGCUACAGCUUGGAUAUACAUUUAUUUAAACACCUGAGAAUACUAUAUAUAUCCAUACCGUAUAUCUCAAUGAGGGAUGGCACAUACAGACUUUAAACAUUUUAGAAAUGGUGUUGUUGUUUUACAGAGGCAGACGAGAUUUAAGUGAUCCCUAGAAGGUAAACUCAAGUUGUAGGACGGAAAGUGGAACGUUGGUUCAAGAUGUGUUGGUAAACAGGGGGGGGGAACAUUAUGACACAGAUGAAGGUGUGCUGCAUAUUUCUGUCUAGAAAUCAUGAAUUCAAAUGUUGGAGUAACGGCUCAUAAAAACGAUUGUAGGUGAAAACAAAUAACAUGGCCGGGGGAGGGGGGGUAACUCCGAAUUUCUGACAUUAAAGUUGUAUAUUUGUAUAAGAAAAGUCAGAUAUACUCUGAAAUUGCAAUGGUAAAUGUAUGAGAAUAUGAAUUUAACAUGUUAUCAGAAAACAAUUAUAAGAUUAUGAAGUCAUACAUUUGCAAGAUAGAAUAUAUCUUCUGGUAAUGUAUUACUUUCAUCUUGGAUAUUACCCCUUCCUGCAGCCCCAUGCAGUAUAUUUUCUUCUUCAUUUUUCACCUACAAUGGCCCGUAUAUGAUUUUGUAUGCAUAUUAUUUAUGAAACAUGAGGGUUUUAGUGUUUAUGAGAAUCCCCAUAGAAAAAAGGAAACGCACAUCACUGACAUUUUCUCAAAAUGAGAGCAACCCUUUUGUUUCUGGUUGAUGUAUUUGAAUUCCCUCUUCCUUGUUCACGAGAGCAGCUCAUCGGUCCAUCACCAGCACUUUCAGCAGAUUCAAACCGUGCAGCUCCACAAACUACAGAGAGCAGGCUUUGUGUGUCAAAUGUUGCAUAGAAUCACAAUAUGAAGAUGUGUACAGAAAAAAUAUUUAUAAAUAAAAGUAACAAGUGCUUUUAAUUUAAAAAAGCAAUAUUAUUCAGAAUAUGUAUCAUGCUACAUGCAGUAAGUAUGGAAGCACAUUUUUGCCAAGAAAAGAGAGAAAUACAUAAAGGGUUUGUUGUGAUAUCAAUUAGAAUACUCAUGUUGAGUCCAAACAAUGAGACAACAUUUAGACUCUAGUAAUUAAAACAGACACACGUUUUUAUUUGUAUUUGGUAUGUCAAAACGUAUAUAUGAAAAUACUAUUGUGAGUCUGUAUCUAGUAUAUAAAUAUGUUUUGUUCAAUCAUGAGACACAUUUAUUUUUCUUCUUAGGCUACCAAAAGUAAAUAAACGCUUCUUACUCAACGUUAUAAUGAAAAGAACAGAAAAGCCUAAUCCCCAUUUUUGGCUUAAAAGUGCCAAAUCUGCAUUUAAUUCAAACAAUUUUAUAACAACACCAGUUUCCGAUUACCAGCAACAAGCAGGUUAUAGUAUUUUGACCUUCUCUUUGUAAAAACACACAUGAAUGAGCUCUGCAGAUACCUCAUGACCUUUAAGCACUUCAGUGAAAGUAGACUUUAUAAAAACAGCCAGUCAGUAUUCAACUCCACAAACAAGAUGCCUGUGUGAGACUUUACCUCUUAACUUAUUAUCUUCUUUAGAGCAAGCUUAAAGGAUGAGCCGGGUGGCACUCUUUGUUUUACAUAUCGUCAACAAAAAGAAAUAUCUGUUUUUAAACAUAUGUCUUAUGUUGAAAACCCCAACACUUUGACUUUGGUUUGGUUUUAAGAAAUAGUUGACAAUAAGUCAAAAUAUAAGAUAAUCAUAACUUUUAAUUUAAUUAUAAUUAAAGCCUUAAAAAUCACGAGUGUCUUCCCCUAAAUGUGGCAUACAAGAUUUUUAUUAAAGCACAAAGGGAUAUAGUAUUUAUGCCCAAGGGAAAUGUUUUAGUUGUAUUCUGCAGGUUUAACCAAGGCAAUAUAAAGCAAAUACUUUUAUAAAGCAACUUACAUCAUUUGUCAAUACCCCAAAUAUAUAACUGUUUGUACAUUUAGUAGAGAAUACUCAGCAAAAUGCUCCUGUACAUGUGGGUUUAUUAAACAACUACUAGUAAGGUGUGUAAACGCUGGUUUCAAAGCUCAUAUGAUAUGAAUGUUAUAAAAUCAUAUUGAUACAUUAUAAGUAACAUAUAAAUGUUCCUUAGAUUUUUUUUAGAAGACAUCCCAGAGGUUAGAAAUGACAGAAAGUGGUUAAAGCUGAAGUGUGGUUUACAUUUUAAUUGAAAAAGAAUGCUUCUGCUUCUAGUUUCCCUUCAGGCUGAACACUGACAGAGUUCUUCCCCCUGAAAGAGGGUAUGUGGUGGACAUGUUUUUAUAGUAGUGGCACUAUCUUUAUUUGUACUCACCCACAGAGGUAGAAUAAAGGAAUGUUAACUGACAGGAACAAAAUGAUGAGCUUCAAAGCAGCUUCAUAAUCCUAAAAAGAAUAUAAUGAUGAGACAGUAUCAUAUGAGAUCAUAGCUAAAGCUAAACUCAUGAAAAGGGAAAUCUGGUCAACCAACAAGUUGUGUUAUUGAAGUCAGUGUUAAUCACUAUCCCUCACCUGUUUCCCUGAUUCAAAUGGAUAUUUAAUAUAUUAUGAUGAUUGAAUCAGUGCUUUAUUAAAAGAGCUGGCUUAUAUGUAAACAUGUCUCCAAAAUAAUAAAACUUCUGUCAUGUC